GCCAGGGCAGUCCCGCUGCUGCUCUCCGCCCGCCCGCCCGUGGGGCCGCAGGGGCUGCGUCAGGCUGCUGCUCCCGCUUCCCGCAGCUCCCGGAGGAGGUACAGGCACGCUGGCCGGGGGCCCUCCCGGGGCAGCACCGAGGCCACAGGGGAGUGGGAUUCGUCACUGGGCGGUCAGCCGAGGUUCUCAUGAAGUUGAUAAGCAGCUGCAAUGCCUCAAAAACACUAAAUGCCGGUAACAUGGAGACAUUACUUGAAUGUCAAUCAGAGGGUGACAUCAAGGAACAUCCUCUGUUGGCAUCAUGCGAGAGUGAAGACAGCAUUUGCCAGCUGAUUGAGGUUAAGAAGAGGAAGAAGGUGCUCUCCUGGCCCUUUCUCAUGCGAAGGCUCUCUCCUUCAUCCGACUUCUCUGGGGCUUCAGAGCCGGAGCUGAAAACCUCACUCUUCGACCAGCCCUUGUCCAUCAUCAGUGGUGACGACGACACGCUCCCCAGACCCAUUCAGGAUAUGCUCGCAAUCCUGUGCCUCAAAGGCCCUUCCACCGAGGGGAUAUUCAGGAAACCAGCCAAUGAGAAGGCCCGCAAAGAGCUCAAGGAGGAGCUCAACUCGGGGGGCGUGGUGGAGCUGCAGAGCCUCCCUGUGCACCUCCUGGCCGCUGUCUUUAAGGACUUCCUCAGGGGCAUCCCACGGAAGCUGCUGUCCUGGGACCUGUUCGAGGAGUGGAUGGGCGCCCUGGAGACGCGGGACGAGGAGCACAGGAUUGAGGCCCUGAAACGGGUGGCCGACCAGCUGCCGCGGCCCAACCUCCUGCUGCUCAGGCACCUGCUCUCCGUGCUGCACCUGAUCAGCAAGAACUCCGAGGUCAGCAAGAUGGACGCCAGCAACCUCGCCAUCUGCGUGGGGCCCAACAUGCUGACCCGGGAGGACGCCCAAACCCUGUCCUUCGAGGCCCAGAGAGACUUGAACAAUAAGGUUAAGGCUUUGGUGGAGUUCCUCAUCGAUAACUGCUUUGAAAUCUUCGGGGAGAUCAUUCUGGCGCAUUCCAGCGUGGCUUCUGAGGAGUCCCUGGAGCAUGCCGACAGCAGUUCAGACACGUCGACCCUGCAGAACGACUCGGCCUACGACAGCAACGACCCCGACGUGGACCCCGGCAGCGCCGUCAGCUCUCCCGGCAGGCCGCCCGAGGCGCCCUCGGAGCCCCGAGGCCCGCAGCGCUGCUGGCAGCCGGGCCGAGAGCCCGCGGUCAGCACCGGGGCCAGACGGAAGAGCAGCCUCAGUGAGCUGGACAGGAGGUACUCGGAGCCCAGCAUGGCGUCCCUGCAGGAGGCCCCGGGAACCAACCCGAAACUGACGCGGAGCGAGGACGACUUCAGGCGGCCCCGGCCAGCCUCCCGCCCGGAAAGCGAGGACUCCGAGGACCCGUUUCCAGAGGAGGUGUUCCCUGCAGUGGAAGGCAAAAGCCAGACACCGGAGGACCUCACCGCCAGGAACUCGGUGCAGGGUUUGGGGUUGCCUCAGGAGCUGGCGCCCAGAGCCCCCUCCAGCGGCUCUCCGGACGCGUCCCUGGACAGCUCGCCCGUGGCGUCCCCUUGCAGUCCCAAAAGGAACUUCUUCUCCCGACAUCAGUCCUUCACAAAGGCCGACAAGAGCAAGCCCAGCAGAGAAAUCAAAAAGCACUCCAUGUCCUUCUCCUUUGCCUCCCACAAGAAAGGGCUGAGCCGGGCCCCCAGCUCGGCCUCAGUCAAGUCCAAAGGCUCCUCCAGGGACCCAGCAGGGAAAGACUUCAAAAAAGAAAGCCAGCUCGCUGGGCGGAUCAUCCAGGAGAGCUUGUCCGAGGCCCACGGCCGGACAGCUCUGGACUCUGGCGCGGGGACCUGCGUGCUGUCCGCAGACGACGUGUUCCAGCUGGUGGACCGGAGGCUCCCGGGAAGCCCGCCGUCCUACGAGGAGGCCGUGCGGGGCCAGGCCCUGGGCCUCACCGCCUGCGGGAGGCAGACAGUCGGCAGCAUGAGGGCCAGGAUGCUCAGCCUGGACGCUGGGCUGCCGCCUCGCCGGCCUUGGCCCCACGGAGGGGACUCAGGAGAUCUGUGUGGUCAAGAGCCACUCACUGGGCACAGAGUCUCCCCCAGGACUGGGAGCUGGAAACUGAGCAGAGCUGACUGUGCCUCCGUGGACAUGACAGGACAGGCAGCCGGCAUUGGGAGGCCGGAGCCGCCCCGGCUCAGCGCGGUGUCCCUGGGCAGUCAGAAGAGUCAGUGGGAGUACCUGGCCCAGCGGUGCAGUCAGCCGGCCUUCGAGGCUGACCAGCUGCCCUACGCCAGAGAAUCCUACAUUUAGGGAGGCGGGCUGAGGCCGUGGCAUGGUCGUGGCGUCUCUGCGGUGUGUGGCCGCACGCAGAACUGCUUCAGACUCUGUUCAAAAAGUCGAGAAUAAGCUUCCCUCCCAGAAGUUCUGCAGAGCCCUCCUCAGAGACGGCAGCUGCCCGGCGGCCCCCGAGCUGCGUCUGUGCGCACCUGGGUGUGUGCCACGGAUCGCACACGCACCAAGUGUGUUCCGCCCAAGGCGCUGAGUGCAAAGGUGUCUGCGUAAAUACGUGUACAUAUUUGUUUGUGAACUUGGCGUAAACUGCGUUGCUCUUCUCCGCCUCCUGGGGCACACUUUUCUACCGGGUAGCAUUUAAAAAUACUGUUUUCUUUUCUUAAUGUUGUCACAAAUGGCUGGCCAAUUCUCAUGUUUUCCACAAGCUCCAUUUCAGGGGAAAAGGUACUAAAUCUCUGUUAGAAGUUGACUAAGCAGCUGUCUGAUAACUGAUCACCACAGGAAGAGGAGAGAAACAGAUUGCAAGCAUUUGCUUACAGAGUUCAGGGUCCGGAAUGGUUAGGGGCAUCACGAACGCCGGUCAGAGAGAAGCACCUUCGAUAGGUCCUUCUAUGAUCCGAUCGGUCCUUGGGGUGGACUAGAGAAAAUGCAUUACAUCCAUCUCAACUGAUUUGUAGCACUUUGAGUCUCCUUGUAGUUCAGGGAUGUCUUCGCCAGUGGUGUGGAGGAAAUCACUUCAUACUCAUUGGGUGUUGUACAUAAAACUUCAAUGUAAUCUCACUACAAUAAAUCCCCUGCCUUUAGCAAA